AUGUCAGUGACGUUUAUGCCCCGGAACGACAAGAGGCCGACCCUCAUCGGCCUCUAUGGACUCCCCGGGUCUGGCAAAUCGUUUCUGCUAGACAAACUCCGAGGAUUCAACGGCGAUGACGCCAAAGACUUCAUCAUCUUUGACGAAAAACAAGUCAUUGAGACCGUUCUCCCCUCGGCCAGAAUUGCAGACUUCGACAACUGGGCGGAUGUUCCAAGAGCUAAUCACCGUAAGCGUGGUCUUGAACAGAUUCAGACCGACAGCUAUGAGAACGGAAAAGGUGCCGUGAUUGCUGGCAAUGGCAAGUUAUGGGAUGGGGAUGAUCACUACCGUACGAUGAUCAGCACUCACGACUUCAAAGCAUUCACCCACAUCGUGUACCUGGAAGUUCCAGCUGCUGCUACCCACGCUCAGCGGCUCGCGGAUCGAAAAGUCCGACCACUGGCAUCGGUAAACCAUUUGCAGAAAUGGCAGGAGGCAGAUAUUGUUUAUGUUGCCGAUCAAUGUAAGCGCCACUCGAUCAUCUUCACCAAGAUUUCCGCACACACAUCCAUCCACAAAUUGUUCUGGAUGUUUCACGAUUUCCGCCGCCACACACAGGAGUACAACGCCCAGCUGGCCGAGCAACGAAUGGAGCGUGCUCUGAGUGCCCGUCCAUCCAGGAAGUUAGAUCCAGUCUUGGUGCUCGACGGGGACAGAAUACUCGCUCCAAUCAACACCCGCGACAUGUUCAUGAAGCGCAUCCAUCGUGGGCGUGGCCCAGGAAAAGAAAAUUACUCAUAUGAAGCAAAGCGGCAAGAAACCAUCCUGUGCGAAGAGUUAGUACCGGACACCGGCUACAGAGCAAUCUGCGAGGAAAUAGCCAAGGAGAUCAGAAUACGGGGUGACUUUGCGCGUCUUCUGCAUAACGUGAAGGUGUAUCAGCGCCACGUCCGUGUGCUCGUGCUCACGUGCGGUCUGCGAGAAGUGUGGAAGCUGGUUUUUGAGAAAGCAGGCUUCGGGGACACUGUCGAUAUCAUUGGCGGAGGGCGCUUAUCGGAUGGCCUUGUCAUGACGCCAGAGCUGAAGGAAAGACUUGUUAAGUACUUGCGGGUUCAGAUGGAGCGGUUUGUGUGGGCCUUCGGGAGUAAGACGCAGGACUUGGGGAUGAUGAUUGCUUCCAACCAGCCCAUUGUGGUGUGCUGCAAGGAAUUCAGCAAUACCGACCUGGCGACUUACGUGUCGCAGCGUGUCGAAACCCAUAGGUUUCGGCCAUGGCAGGUUGUUCUGCCAGGGGCCUCGCCUCUUAGUGGCUCUCAAAUUCCAGUGUUGAGUUUGGAGAAGCUGGUGGCCCUUGAAUUCAUUUAG